AUGCUAUUGCUCCUUGAGCGAGACUUGGAGCGUACCAAGAGAAAACAGCUACGUAUAGGAACUGACAGUAAUCAAGAGAGACCAAACAACGCCGAGAGAGAGAAGCUUGCAGCAGUAGCUGCCACAUGGAAGGACUGCGGUGGACUGAACUCGCAGCACUCGCAGUUGGAAGGAGAUCUCGAAGCCUCCCAAAAACAAAUAAAGAAGCUUCAAUGGUGUUUGAGUGCUGUGAAGGAUGUUAGGGAUGUGUACAAGAUUUCUCGGAUAAAUCCUGAAAGUCCUCCUAAGCAGAAUUCUAUGAAGAAAAGCGAUCUGAGAGUCAUCGAUCUUAAAAAGCUUGAAGCUCAGAAAGAAACUAACAGCAUCCCCCUGGACGGAGCAAAGGGCAGUUACGUAAAGGAAGAAGUCGAUAAGCCGAAGAAAGAGCUUAAACGCCGCCUUGAGGAAACGAAAGGACGUGUUCAAAGGGAGGAAUUUGAACAGCACAACCACGCAGCGUCGAGGCGAACGGGCGACCGGGAUACUUGGGCUGUGUCUCGAAAGCUCCCGCUCAACGCACAUAGCGAGAUCGUUCGAGGAGAGCAGAAUUGAGUGGCCCGCCUCAUUCAAUGUGCACUGGAAAUCAUCCGACGGACAGACCCUCAAAAUCAGAUGCUGAAGUGCUAUAUCUGGGGGGGUCGUCAAGGAGAACAUGGAGAUUGUCGACUACCCUUUUACAGAUCCCGUGUCGUGUAGCUGGACACUGGACACCAGCAUUCUCAAGGCUUACCACGAUUGGCACGAA